AUGCCUAAGGUGCGGGAGCGUUCGCGCAUAACUCAGGAUUUUGCAGUAACACCCUGGCAGAGUAAGCGUGAAAUAAUCCAAGAACCGACCAUAGGCGUUCCAUACAUAAUUGAAGAAGCGUUACUGUUGGCGCCAGAAGCGAGAAGCUGGCCCUCGACGGUGCCUCGCGACAGCUUGAAGCCGGCUCCUCCACCGCAAGAACAAAACGUAGACACUCAAGGGUGGUUCACAAAGGCGCCUCGGCACGCCCCGGUAUCGGAGCUUGAGUUUUCCGUGACCACAGCACAAACCCCAAUCGUCAUUGGAACGCACGACGACGAAGCUCCUCGGCAUCUGAAGAGCGACAGUGUCAGCCGCGUUAGGAGCGGCCUGGAGGUAACGGGUCUCUGCCAGCUUGCCGUCACGCCUGCGGGACACGGAAUGGGCCACAUAUUCAUCACCAGAACCGGCAAUCACAGCCUCGACAGCCGUCGUGCUCGCUGUUAUGGCAUAGCUGUGCGCCCCGUGCCCCCCGCCGUGCCGCCCGAUCCAUGCACGGAUGACGAUUGCACGGACCUUCUAUGCGCGCGCCUCACCGACUUUGUCAGUGGCGCCACUGUCGACGUGUUAGUGGCCCGAACGGGUGGCGACAUGUGCAAUUUGGCGCCGCCGGCGGACUGGCUGCUACGGCGCUGGUUCGGUGAUGACUUCGAGUCGGACUCGGACACAGAGACCAGUGCGAGCAAAGGUAUUGCUGCAGGCCGAAGGGAGUGGGGGGAGGAGGGGGAGGAAGACGUGGAGCCGUGGAGCACAGAUGAAGCUGAGAGCGCGGACAUGAGCGAGGUGGAGGACGAGUCCGCGGCCGAGGAUGACUUUGAGGGUGAGGAGGGUGGUGCGUCUGAAGCUAAGGCCGAGGCGGAUGCGGCACCGGUGUCAGACGGCGGGUGUAGGGGGGAGGGCCCGCCUUGCACAGCAGAUGGCACCACGGGGCCGCAGAGCGCCGCCGAUUGGCUUACGUGGUGGUUGAGGCAUCGUCGGCGACGACCUGGACUGGAAUUGCACUUCGAGCCGGAGACGCUGUUCAGCGGUGCAGCAGCGCUGCCCAAGCUGGCGGAGUUUGCACAGCCGCUCCUGCCGCCACGGCUGGCGAGGGCCACUGGUGGUGGGGGCUUGCAAUACGGCGGCGGUGCCGCCACAGCUGAUGCCGAUGCCGGGUCAGCUGCCCUGGGGAGGAAAGCCGCUGUCGGGGCGGACGGCGCACCUGCAAGAGUGGAGGCGGGAGAGGGGUCUGGGGUGGGGGUGGAUGUGGAUAUAGAUGCGGUGGUGUGUUUGGGGCCGAUAACGCUGCAAGGCCUGCCGCGGGCAUUCCUUCGGGGCGCAGGGUGA